UUUAUGGAACAUUGAUGGCUACUUUUUAUAUAUUAAGUGAUAAUAAGACAGGUGUUGUGGUUAUCCCAAAUGUCAUUCCUUCAGACAAUGAUAUGAUAAACCAAUUAUUUGAAUUACAAACUGGAUUGAAUAUAUUAGAAGAAAGAGGAGUAACAAAUCUUGUUCUGGACUUUCAUGACAAUGGUGGAGGAUUCAUACUUUUAGCAUAUUUUUUUGUUUAUUUACUAUUUCCAGAAUUUAGUCCAUCAUUCGACAACGAUAUGGUGGUUACCGAAUUGUCCAGAGCAUUACUCGAAGCAGCGACAUCACAAUCAACAGCAUUUAAAACGUCAAAUAAAUCAUUUGAGAUUCCACCAAGCCUACAUACUAAAGAUUUAAUAAGAUGGGCAGCGAAUACAGUACUUAAUAUAAUGCGUUCAACUUCAAUCUUCGAUACUGUCAGUUACAAAGAUCCAAAUACAGGUAAUCCUUUUAUUAAUGUUGAAGAAUUUAUUGGUAACAAGACUUACCAGGGCACAUUAAUAAAUAUAAAUGGAAGAGUGGAGAUGUUGUUUAUUAACAGAUGGGUAUCAUGUUCGUUGAUUACUCAUCGUAUGGCAGAAAAAUUUAAUGUAAGCACUAUUGCUGUUGGUGGUUAUAAAGAUAAGCCGUUAUCUUACGCUUCAUUUCCCGGCAGUCAAGUUCUUGAUUUUGACGAGUUGUACUACGAAUUUAAUAGUUUGGGAAUAUUACAAAAUGAAACAUUAAAAGAAUUAAUACCUCCACCGUUUAAAGUUCCAAUAAUCUUUACAAUUACAUUAAAAGAGAUUUAUGAUAUUUUCAACGAAGAUUAUGUAUUGGAAUACACCUAUAAACCUGCUAAACAUAGAUUAUAUUAUGACGAAAAAAGUGCGAAAGACCCAA